GGCAAAUGCUAAUUUCCCUAGAUGGACAAAGCCAGCAGAUGAUAACUACAAAUGCAACUUUGAUGCAAGUUUCAACUAUAAAACAAACAAUUUCGACGAAAAUAAGAAAAACUUAGAGAGAAAUUCAAAUGAGGCAAAUGCUAAUUUCCCUUGAUGGACAAAGCCACCAGAUGAUAACUACAAAUGCAAGUUUCGACUGUAAAACAAAUAAUGUGAACAAACAAUUUCGACGUAAAUAAGAAAAACUUAGAGAGAAAAUUCAAAUGAGGUAAAUGCUUAUUUUAGUGUGUAUACUAUUAUGUGAACGAAUAAUUUACAAUUCACUAGACUUGUAUUUGUCCAGCUUCAUAAAUCCAAUAUUCAUUUUCCAUUCAGAAAAACUUCAUUCUCUACUAAAAACGGUGUUUCUAAUUUCAACAAUAUACCAGACCAAAUGUGUUCCUUUUAGAAAAAAAAAUCAUCAUGGCCAACGAAUGUAUCAAGAUUGAAAUCAAUCCAGAAUCAGAAACAGAAAAGCCAAAGCAGAUUGGAUAUUGAGAAACGAUAGAGGCUUCCCUCUACUCUGGAGUUCAGAGGACACUGUAUAGUUUUAUCACCACACUGAAGCAAGAUCACUGCUAGAUGUUAUGGAACACAUAAGAAAUCAUGGAUUAUAACUAUAUGUUUUGAGGGUGACUCAAAAGUUCUGAUCGAUGUCAUCAAGAACAUAUGCAACUAUAUCUAUGUUGGUUCUUUGUCUUUUAACCAAUGUUCAUUUUGUAUAGCGGACAAACAAUACACCAGCUCAUCUCUUAGCUAAGCAUAAUCUAUCAUUCUAGUGCAUCGUCAUUAUACUUACCAUGGUGGUUGUCUAGUCUAAUGCGUUGAAUUAUAAUUUUGUAAACUCUUUCUAAUAUACAAGAAAUAAUUUUCCGUAAAAAUAGAUUAGCAGCAUAAAAAUGUGACUACAGCGACAAAAUUAUGUACUUAUGCGACAUACACGACAUAACGCAACAAUAUUACUAUUUGGUUUGGGCUUAUUCAAAAGCCCAUCAUAGCCCCAGACGAGCUGACCAACAAUCAACGCGGUUUUGAUUCACUGAAAUUUACAUUUUUACCCUUAACGUCGAAGAGGUGCAAUUAUCAUAUAUAGUAAGUAAACAACAAAACUACAGUUUUAACCUUUAUCCUUUGCGUUCUCUACUUCUUCGUUCAAGUCUUCAACAACGACACCACCAACCACAUUUUACGUUAUCAGGGUUUCGAAAGUUCGGGUUUUUUUUUUCAUCGAAAACAGGAAGACGCAGACAUCGAACUUUCGGUGUACUUGUGUCUUUCUUCGAUUCUCUAGCUAUGCCUGCCUCGAAGAAGGUUUCCGAGAGGAACCCCAUAGAACAAGUGUUCAACAAGUUGUUGGAGGAUAUUGGAGAAGAAGAGGAGUUUUCGUUGCCGGAUUGGUUGAACGAAGGGAAACCAACUCCUUACACCUACAUCAAGCGCAAUGUACACUUGACGGAGAAAACAAAAAAAAAGGCUGAGGAUGAUGGAAUUUUCUGUACUUGUGCCUUGUCCCAUGGCUCUUCUUCAGUUGUGUGUGGGAGUGAUUGUGAUUGUGGGUUGUUAAACGCAAGCUGUUCAUCCGAUUGCAAAUGUGGGAGUGAGUGUAACAAUAAGCCUUUCCAACAACGGCGUGUGAAGAAGUUAAAGCUAAUUCAAACAGACAAAUGUGGAUCAGGGAUUGUAGCAGAUGAAUACAUCCAAGAAGGAGAGUUUAUCACUGAAUAUGUAGGAGAAGUCAUAGAUGAUGUGACUUGUGCACAAAGGCUAUGGGAGAUGAAAGGCCGUGGAGAAAAAAAUUUCUAUCUGUGUGAGAUAAACAAAAAUAUGGUGAUUGAUGCCACUAAUAAGGGAAAUAAAUCGAGAUAUAUCAAUCAUAGUUGCAACCCUAAUACGCAGAUGCAGACAUGGAUAAUUGAGGGCGAGACAAGAAUCGGCAUUUUUGCCAUCUCUGACAUAAAUAAGGGAGAGCAUAUCACUUAUGACUAUCAGUUUGUUGCGUUUGGUGAAGAUCAAGACUGCCAUUGUGGAGCAAUAGGUUGCAGAAAGAAGCUUGGGGUGAAACCAAACAAACCUAAAUUAGUCUCGGAUGAAGAAACUCGUAAAAUCGUGGUAUCUGAAUUGGCUCAGCAGACACUGCCCCAGGUUCAUCAUAAUGGAGAUAUACAUGAAGGAACAUUAAUUAACAAUCUUAGUGAAGAGCAAACAUGUCCUCGUACUUGUAUUGGUGUAGUGAUCAGGUUAUCUCGCCCCACGAGCGAUAAGUGUUUUGGCAUCAUUAGACGUUUUGAUGAGGUUACAAGAAAGCACUCGGUGAUGUUUGAGGAUGGUGUUACUGAGUUUAUCGACCUGUCGAAAGAAGACUGGGAGAUUUUAUCUGACUGAUAUUUCUUUUCAGCUAUGUUUCUGCAGAUUUCUUUGGAAAGAAAAGUUGAGAAAGCUGAACAAAUCUGUCUUUGUAAACUGACGCAACAUCUGUCAUUCAGUUUGGUUUGAGGAUUGGUGCAGUGAGUUUGUUGUUGUACCAUGAUAUAAUGUUUGUAAGGUAUCUACCUGGAACCAUAUUUGUAAUUCUUCUCAUUUCUUUUUUCGUGAGCAUCUCAAGAUGACGAUGAACUUGUGGCUUGUACUGUUCUUGAAAUUUUUCUCAAGGAACUCAUAGGAGGGCUUGUGCUUUUUGAUAUAAUGACCUUGAAUGGUUUCUUUUAUUAUAUGUACUAAUAUCUGGACAUACUCGUUCUCAAAGUUAGAUGAUAGCACACAAAAGUGUGGGGGACUCUUGUUAUUAAUUUACCAUUUUUGUGGAUUGAAACCCAAGCGCCGGUUACUGUUAAUGGAUUGUCGACUCGCGUGGUAGUGGUGAAGUGAGUAUACGGUUCCGAUUCAUCAACUAAAAGCAGGAGGGGUUGGGGAAAGAUGGGGACACAACUACUUUGUACUCUCUCCUAAGUUAAUAUUUAAAUUGAUUAAAUACUAUUGAUUAAUAGAUAUUGAAAACUGUAUAGUAAAAAUAAAUAAUCAAUUUAAUUAUAAUAUUUAUUAUAUUUUUAAUAAACGUAAAAAUUUUAGUAAAAAUAUUUUUGAGAACAAAAUGAUUAGUUGGUUAAUAAGAAUAAACCUAAACUAGAGUAUUCACUAAUUUUGUAAACACCCAUGAUCAUUAAGGGAUUUAACUAAAAAUUUAUUAAUGUUAAUAAACAAAUAUGUAUAUGAGUUCUAAAACACAUUCAUUAACAACUAGAAAAAAACUUACAAUAAAUCUUAAUAUGCUAUAAUCAAAACCGUUACAUAAAUAUUUUCAAAAAAACAGUUCGACAUAUAUGUAUAAGGCUUUUAGUGAUAAAAAUCCUCAACUGUUUUUGAAUCGUAUUAAGUUGAUUUAUCUUUAAUUAUCAAAUAUUUUUUUGUUAACUAAGAACACUUUAACUUAGACAAAAUAACUGUACACUGACAAUGGGACAGUAGUAGCAUAAGUACA